CAAGCCCGUCAGCACCCAAAAAGUCCCCUCAACCAAUGAAGUCUUGUCACUGGGGACUCACGUGGACGGGGCGUCCUUAAAAACCUAGCUCCUGAGUUUUUCUCAAGUUUCAUCUCUGUGCUUUCGUUCACAGUUAUGUCUAUUUAACCCGCGUUACCUCUGUUUUACAGUGCACGUCUUCUCGACUGCAGCUGCCCACCGGUUUCGAGUCUCUUGUUGCAUCUCUAUGCUGGCUCAGGAUGCCUUUACCUUCCUCUGCCAUCGAGCGCCGCACGGGUCACACAAGCGAACCACUUUUUAAGUGAUUAACAUUUCAGCAAUUGUGUCCUCGCGCUGCGUCAUUUCCAGGUCUUGAAUUCUACCUGCAACACUCGCUGUUGUCUCUGUCCGUGGUGCUGAAACGUGGUGCUGAAUCGCCUGCCUAUUUACCUUGCGCUAAUGCCGCUCCACUGCCUCUACUCAAUGUAGUUUUUUGUCAAUAUUUGAAAUAAAUUGAUAAAUAAUUGAGAAAUCUUACAGACGAGUUUUCAUUUCUAAAAAAAAUUGUAAAAAAUUGGAUCCAGAAAAAUCAAUCAAACUUCCCAACAGAGAAUAGCACCAAGCUGCAUCGAUUUUAUGAAGAGUGCUGUACUUCGGACAAAAUAGUUGGAUGCAGGGUUGAUGUAACAUCGAUAACCUGGAGAUUUUGCCAUUUUGCCAGCUAUAAAAUUCAAUCAAGAAGAGGAGAAAACAUCGUGGAUGAAUAUUUGUGAUUUCCGUAACAUCUUUGGAUUUUCCAGCUGGAUAAAUUGAGGCAGUCUCAUCUCAGCAAUCGCCGCUCAAACUGAACUUGCCUCGAAUACCAAUGAUAGUUUGAGUUGAGGCCUCGAAGAACUCAGUUGCGCCGGUAAACAAUGGAGGCAUCCACCAAUGGGUCCAGCUUUGGGAUCGACUCUUUACUUUCCCACAGACCUGGAAGUCCGGUCAUGUCGAAAGGGGACAGUUUGAUGGGAGAAUGCCGGUCACCGUUGGAGUUCAGCCCGAGGUCAGACCUAGAGAGCGGCUGCUCCUCUCCCCGGUCGCCGAGGAGGGAGUGUCUGGAUGAGGCAUCGCAGAGGCAAGGUCACGCUAUCGGGCUGCCGCUUCAUCUCCAACAAGGACAGAUCUCCGCCGGGUCACAGCCGCGGACCGUCACCUCUUCCUUUCUGAUCAGAGAUAUUCUAGCUGACUGCAAACCGCUGGCCGCCUGCGCCCCAUAUUCCAGUAAUGGCCUGCCAACUCAAGAAACCGGGCGACUUGCCUCCAAGCUCGCAGAGGACUUCAUGGACAAAAUUCAUAGCAACUCGUCGUCAGACAGCGAAUACAAAGUGAAAGAGGAAGGAGGUCGAGAGAUCUCGAGUAGUAGGGACAGUCCGCAUCACAUUCGGCUGAAGAAACCCAGGAAGGCGCGAACAGCCUUCACCGACCACCAGCUGGCCCAGCUCGAGCGCAGCUUCGAACGGCAGAAGUACCUGAGCGUGCAAGACCGAAUGGAGCUGGCUGCUUCCCUCAACCUCACAGACACACAGGUCAAAACCUGGUACCAGAACAGGAGAACAAAGUGGAAGAGGCAGACAGCGGUUGGACUGGAACUGUUAGCGGAGGCUGGAAAUUACUCUGCUCUUCAGAGAAUGUUUCCUUCGCCCUAUUUCUACCCUCAAAGCCUGAUGUCCAACCUGGACCCCGGAGCGGCGCUCUACCUAUACAGAGGACCCUCGGCGCCUCCUCCCGCUCUGCAACGACCUCUCGUUCCGCGGAUUCUUCUCCACGGUCUGCAGGGGGGUAGUGAACCCCCUCCACUCCCCCUUCUCUCCGGUGUGCUUCCCCGGCCAACACAGCAGCGGUGAGACGGCCUCUCCGGAUAUAUGCCAUACCUGGCAGUCUGGGACU